AUGUACACAUCGUCGUCUACCGGCGGUCACAAAGAGGACACAGCGCCCGCAGUCGGUAGUCCUCGAACCCACCUUUCUCCAAAUGAUCACCCCAACUACGUCCGGAAUGGAGCUGCCUCUAGCGAAGCUCCCAAGACGAGAAUUCGCCGUCGGAACCGAGUCAUCAAUUCAUGUCUGGAAUGCCGACGGCGGAAGCUCAAAUGCGACAAGCAAGCGCCAUGCACCAAUUGUGUGCGAUUCCGGAGGGACUGUCUCUAUCUCGCACCGACGUUGGAUCCACAGUCGCAGCAGAAACUAGCCGAGAUGAAGGAGAGAAUGGGCGACCUGGAGCAGAAUCUCGAGCGCGAGGUCGCCGGCCAAGCAAAUCAAAAAUUCCAUCCUGGCGGAGUGCAGGUCAAGCGAGCGGAUUCUGAUAGCUCGGACCACCACCCCAACAACCAGGACCAAGAUCACGAUGAGAAAGGAAACUACGAUGCCGAGGAGGAGAAUCUGGAACCUUCCCCGCUGGCCGAACUGGACAAUGUGUACGAAGACAACACAGAUGACGAGCUCAUGGAUCUAGGUGUCCAACUGGGUAAGAUGCGAAUCGGCGAGCGAGUCGGCGGGUGGAUUCGACCGAAGCUCGUCGAGGAGCUGACUCAAACCAUUGAUGGGGCGGUCGAGGCGAAAAAUCAAGCCCCGGAUCUUCCUGACUAUGCUUUGUUCUCGGCCGAUCAAGAGCAAUCCCCACGUGUGUCGAAGAGAGUGGUAAAUCCGAGGAGCUACAUUGGUCCCGGACCGGACUACAUUGCUCCUGCUUCGAGUUUCUUCUUCCCUGGAACCAACAUGUCUGCGAAUCUGGUUAACUAUUUACCGAGUCAGCAUGCUGCCGACAAGCUCAUUGCUCAAUACUGGAGAGCCGUCCACUACAUGUGCAGGACCGUGCAUCGACCCACGUUUGAAGCGCAAUACAGUCUAUUUUGGGGACAGGUUCUCGUCGGAUCUGAGCCAGCGCCGUCCGUACAGGGGGUGGUCUUUGCUGCAAUGUUCUCCGCUGCCGUGAGUAUGUCGCCCGAGCAAGUUUCGCAGCAGUUUGGUACGACCAAAGAUAUGCUGGUGGACAGUCUGCGCACGGGAACAGAGGCCGCUCUCGCGAGGGCCAACUUUUUGAGGACGACGAAGGUGGAGACCAUGCAGGCGUUUGUCAUGUACCUCAUCCCGCUGAUUAGAGGUGAGGUGUCGAGAGCACACUCGGCUUUGGUGGGGACUGCAAUCAGAUUGGCAGAGUGCAUGGGUCUUCAUCGGGAUGGAACAAACUACAACAUGACGGCGGUGGAGAUUCACGUUCGUCGCAUGCUAUGGUAUCAGCUGUGCUUUCUCGACAUGAGAACGUGCGAAGCUACUGGUCCACGACCUCAAAUCCGCAAAGACGACUACGACACCAAGCUGCCACUCAACGUUGAUGACGCCGAUCUCCUCCUCCCUCAUCCUCCUACAGAAGACAAGAGCACGUGGACCGACAUGACAUUCUCUCGCAUGCGGAUGGAGUACCAGGUUCUCCGAAACCAAAACUGGUGGUACAUGUUUGACAUUGACAAGAAGAAGCGAUCUCUCACAUCAGUCCUCAUCAAGAUCCAGAAGUUCCGCAUCGCCGCUGAAGAGAAGUUCCUUCCUAUGAUCGACGGUUCGAUUCCGUUCCAUCGGUUGGGUAGGAAUAUCCUGGAAAUGGGCUGCAAGGCCAUGCAUCUGCAGGUUCUGCAUCGCUAUCUGUUCAGCACCACCCAACGCAUGCCCGACCGAUUACGACAGCUGCUGAUUGAAGCCGCCCUGAGCCAGAUGGAAGUCUGUAUCGUCUGCGAGAGAGAUCCUGAGAUGCGCGAAUGGAUGUGGUAUCGCGGUGCAUAUCAGCAAUACCACGGUGCUCUCCUCCUACUCAUCGAAGUCUACGCCUACCCCAUGCGUAGAGAAGCACCUCGCAUAUGGAAGUGUCUGGAUUGGGUAUUUGAGCUUCCCUCUCAAAUGGCACCCAAGCAAAAAGCACAGCUUGUCCUUACUGAUCUGAGAGACCGUAUGGAAGUGUACCAUCAAACGCGGAAAGUCAAGGUCAGCAAUCAACUGCGAGAACGACUUGUAGCUCCGAGGAAGAAUCCCAUCUCGAGUCCUGUUGGAGCUGUUUUGGACAGUGCUGGUCAGAUGAAGCAAAUGGCCACGCCGCCCCCUGCUGCUGCGAUGCCCAUGAUGCCCGUGACGCCGGCCGACUCCUCCGGUCCGAGUCAUGUUGGUAGUGGAGGUACGGAAGAUGUUCGCAUGACGACGAUGGAGGAUAUUGACUGGGUGAGUUUGACUGUUCAAUUAAGCUUUGUCUUCACACUAAUGAUAUUUCAGGCCGAAUGGGAGCAAGCGUUUCCAUCCAACAUUUACACCGGCGACCUCAACAUCCCCGACUUCAACUUCAACGACUUCCACGGCGGUGCCAGCGGUGCCAGCAGUGGCGGCAACUACGACCCGACAGCAUUCAACACCGAAGAAUUCAGCAACAUGAACAACCUGCAAUCCACCAAUUUCGUCGACCAACUCGCAGACAUCCAAUUCACACCAACCCUCAUCCCCGACAUGAGAGGCCGAAACGCAUACGGGAAUUACAUGCCCCUUCACUGA